UCCCGGUGCGCACGGACGUGGCUCGAGUUUCCUCUGCUCUAGGCUCCUGCUCGCUUUCGCCUCUCUCGCUCCUCCUUCUUUCCCGGUCUCCCGCUCCGGCUCCAGCCGGCCGGCCCCGCACGGCUUUGGGAAGCCAUGGAGGAUGUCACGCUCCAUAUCGUCGAGAGGCCGUAUUCCGGUUAUCCCGACGCCUCCUCAGAGGGCCCGGAGGCCACCCCAGUGGAGGCACCGGCCACGGAGGAGCCGUCAGGGACCGGCUCUGACGAGCUGAUCAAGUCGGAUCAGGUAAACGGUGUACUAGUGCUGAGCCUUCUGGAUAAAAUCAUCGGCGCCGUUGACCAGAUCCAGCUGACCCAAGCCCAGCUGGAGGAGCGACAAGCGGAGAUGGAGGGUGCUGUGCAGAGCAUCCAGGGCGAGCUCAGUAAGCUGGGCAAGGCGCACGCCACCACGAGCAACACCGUGAGCAAGUUGCUGGAGAAGGUGCGCAAGGUCAGUGUCAACGUGAAGACGGUGCGCGGCAGCCUGGAGCGCCAGGCCGGCCAGAUAAAGAAGCUGGAGGUCAACGAGGCGGAGCUGCUGCGGCGCCGCAACUUUAAAGUCAUGAUCUACCAGGAUGAAGUCAAGCUGCCCGCCAAACUGAGCGUGAGCAAGUCACUGAAAGAGUCGGAGGCGCUGCCAGAGAAGGAAGGUGACGAGCUGGGCGAGGGCGAGCGGCCCGAGGAGGACGCCGCGAUCGAGCUGUCGUCCGACGAGGCGGUGGAAGUGGAGGAGGUGAUCGAGGAGUCCCGCGCCGAGCGCAUCAAGCGCAGUGGCCUGCGGCGCGUGGACGACUUCAAGAAGGCCUUCUCCAAGGAGAAGAUGGAGAAGACCAAGGUGCGCACGCGCGAGAACCUGGAGAAGACGCGCCUGAAGACUAAGGAGAACCUGGAGAAGACGCGGCACACGCUGGAGAAGCGCAUGAACAAGCUGGGCACGCGCCUAGUCCCCGUGGAGCGACGCGAGAAGCUGAAGACAUCGCGCGACAAGCUGCGCAAGUCCUUCACUCCCGACCACGUGGUGUACGCGCGCUCGAAGACGGCUGUCUACAAGGUGCCGCCCUUCACCUUCCAUGUCAAGAAGAUCCGCGAGGGCGAGGUGGAGGUGCUGAAGGCCACCGAGAUGGUGGAGGUGGGUCCUGAUGACGACGAGGUUGGCGCGGAGCGCGGCGAGGCCACUGACCUGCUGCGCGGGAGCAGCCCCGACGUGCACACGCUCCUGGAGAUCACCGAAGAGUCAGACGCCGUCCUGGUGGACAAGAGUGACAGCGACUGAGCAAGCAGGACUCUCGGGGCUCUGCCCUGGAGGCCAGCGCCUGACCUUGCCUCUCCCCGAUCCCCCCACCCCUGCCCACCUCCUUUAUCUUUUCGAACUUUCUAUUUCGCAUUCUCCUCAGCCCCAGUCUGGUUGAGUUUUUUCUAAGCUGAAUACACAUCCCUUGGAACAGCACCCCUUCAGAGCACAAGUCUUAGGCUGAGGGGAGGUGGUCUCCCACCAUGGACACAAUUUGGACACAGUCUGGGUAGGAAGAAGGAAGAAUGACCCAUGCCCUGCUUGUCCUGGUCUAGGAUGCUUUUUCUUAGCUCUCUAGUUGGUCCCGUUGAGGAUCUGCCUCCCACUCGGCCUCUCCAGCACAGCUUCGUACUCAGCGGGCCCCAUUCCUGCUUCCUGAGCUGUUUUUUCUUAUCCUCACCCCAGGAGACUCUAACGCCAAAAUUUCUGAGCGAGGAAAGAGUGAAUGCUAAAGAUAACCCUUGUAGGGGCAGCCUUAUAAUGCCAGCUUGCUAUUCCUGGGAGGCUGAGGCGGGAGAAUUAAAAAUGCAAGGCCCUCUGGGCUAUAGAGUGAGUUCAAAGCCAGCCCAAGUUUCAGUGAGACCCUGUUUCAAAAUAAGAAGAGAUGGUUGGGGUGUAUCUGUGAUAGGGUCCAUGCUCAGAAGGUGGUGGAGGCAAUCAAAGUACCAUGAAGAAAGAAUAUGUGUAGGGAGACCUUUGCUCCCGUGGGAGGUAGCCCACAGGAAGACCAGAGGGUCUUUAGGGGAACCUAAGGCAAUAAGGAGGGGUGGAGGCAGAGUGUGCCUUGACCCUGGAUAAAGGUUCCACCGAGGUAAGUAGGAGGAGUCAAACAGAACCCAGGAAAGGACGGUAGGUGUGUGUGUGUGGGUAGAGGGCACAUUUACAAGUCUACAAAAUCUGCACACAAGAGCACCCAGGAGCUUUGGGAAGAAAGGGGAAAUAGGAGAAAGUUGAAAUGGAAUAAGAAAGAAAUACCCUCAUUAGCAAUACAGAGAAACUAAAGCAAGAAUCCCAUUCUGGUAGGGUCUCCGGAUUCCAGGAACAGAAGGGCAAUCAGUUCUAGAAAGUGUGUUCCAAAGAGAGGUAAGCGGGACUGAAUCUUCUGUUCCAGGGUCUGGGAAUUGCCUUCUGGGAAGCCUAGUUUUCCAAGCCCAGAAAAUUAGGAUUCCAGCAGGGGGCAGCAGCAAGCUGUGGAGAACUGGUAGUUCCGGUGUGUGUGUGGGGGGGGGGGGGGGGAAUAGGAGGGAGAGAGCAAGGUGCUAAGGGCCCUGACUGCAGCAGAGAUUCGUAGGGGAGCUGAGGCGGCUGCGCUUGCUGACUUGCCCACUCCAGCUCCCACCCAGCAGCUUCUAGCGUGGGUCUUUCCCUAGUGCAAAGCUGCAGAACUUGCCAAGACCUCCCGACGUUCCUUGCCUUUGAGGGCACCUUUCCUGAAAGUUGGGGAAGGGGUUGCUGCUUCUUGUUGGAGGCUUCGUUUCUCUAGUCAUUGACCAGGUUUUCUGAGGGCACUGGUUCUCCCUUUCACUCCCCAAUAAUGGUUAGUCAGGAGCAAAGACAACACCUCCCCCAAAUGAUGGCUAGAAGCUGCUUCCACCCCCCCACUACUUAUCUUCCCUGCUCUGCUUUUUUAAAUUUGCAGCUAAUUGAUAUUUGGGGGUGUGUGCGUGUGUUGCGGGGCGGGGGAUAGAAACCACAAACCUUUUAUACAAUAUGAAGCUUUGCUUUUUUUUUAAUUUCCUUUUUUUUUUUUUUCUUGAUUCCCUUGCCUUCUCGGAGUGAUUGAAGACGCCUAAGCCGAGGAAGGCAGGGAAUGUAGGAUGAGGUCCCUUGGUGCUGGUGGGCUGAAGGGGCCUAAGUUGUGGGCAGAUGCAGUUUCCUGUGGGCUCUAGGGGAGCCCCUCAUGUUGCUGUGUUCUGGUGAGCAGCCGGACCAAUAAACCUGCUUUUCUAAAAGGA